UUUUACACUAACGUUAGUAGUUUUCAGUCAUGAAGCAAGAAGAGCAUCUGUGUGGGCGGGGCCAUAUUUACGCUCACCGCGGCGUCACUCGAGCGAUGACAUUACAGCGCUUACGUAGAGACAAUGUCCCUGCCUUUGCUCCAUGAAUCGCCGGUGUGGAUCACGUCUCAGCAUCAAGGUGUAAAGUCAGAAGCUCGAGAGGUUUGAAGGACGUUGAUUUGUUCGUUCUCGCAUGUGGUUGAGUGUAUUCCAGCAACAUGUCCAUCUCCAGCACACCCACCAGUAAUGAUGCCUGUUUGAGCAUCGUCCACAGUCUCAUGUGCCAUCGACAGGGAGGAGAGAGCGAGUCUUUCGCCAAACGAGCCAUAGAAAGUUUGGUGAAGAAGCUGAAAGAGAAGAAAGAUGAGUUAGACUCACUGAUCACUGCCAUCACUACGAACGGAGCUCAUCCCAGUAAAUGUGUGACUAUACAGCGCACCCUAGACGGUAGACUGCAGGUGGCUGGUCGUAAAGGAUUUCCUCAUGUCAUAUACGCACGGCUGUGGCGAUGGCCGGACCUGCACAAGAACGAGCUGAAACAUGUGAAAUACUGCCAGUUUGCCUUUGACCUGAAAUGCGACAGUGUGUGUGUGAACCCAUAUCACUAUGAGAGGGUCGUGUCUCCGAGCAUCGAUCUCUCUGUCCUGACUCUGGGCGGCCCAGGUCCGAGUGGAGAGCUCAUGGUGAAGGAUGAGUUCGAGGGUCAGCCGUCACAUUCAUCUGCUGAUGGAGGUCAUAGUAUUCAAACCAUCCAACAUACUGCCACUUCCUCUGCUCCGCCUGACACUUUCAACAGCCCCGCCCUCCUGCCUCCAGCUGACUCCGCAAGCUCCGCCUCCACUUCUGCAUUCACCAGUAUGGCUGCCGUUCCAACCAAUGCCCCCAGCUCAUGGCCCAGAGGAAGUAGUUUCCCCCCCAGCAUCCCCCAUCAGAACGGCCACCUGCAGCACCACCCUCCUCUGCCUCACACGGGCCAGUAUUGGUCUGUCCACAAUGAGCUGGCGUUCCAGCCGCCUAUAUCCACACAUCCAGCUCCAGAUUACUGGUGCUCGAUUGCGUACUUUGAGAUGGACAUUCAGGUGGGCGAGACGUUUAAGGUGCCCUCCAACUGUCCCGUUGUAACGGUGGACGGUUAUGUGGACCCUUCAGGUGGAGAUCGCUUCUGUCUCGGCCAGCUGAGUAACGUACAUCGCACCGAGGCCAUCGAGAGAGCCAGGCUUCAUAUCGGUAAAGGUGUUCAGCUGGAGUGUAAAGGAGAGGGCGACGUGUGGGUGCGCUGCCUUAGUGACCACGCUGUGUUUGUCCAGAGUUAUUAUCUGGACCGUGAGGCUGGACGAGCUCCGGGUGACGCCGUCCACAAAAUUUACCCCAGUGCCUACAUCAAGGUGUUUGAUUUGCGCCAGUGUCACCGGCAGAUGCAGCAGCAGGCGGCUACGGCUCAGGCUGCGGCGGCUGCGCAGGCGGCUGCGGUGGCUGGAAACAUCCCGGGCCCGGGUUCUGUGGGGGGCAUCGCCCCUGCUAUCAGUCUGUCUGCUGCGGCAGGCAUUGGUGUGGACGACCUGCGACGUCUCUGCAUUCUGCGCAUGAGUUUCGUGAAGGGCUGGGGUCCCGAUUACCCUCGUCAGAGCAUCAAGGAGACUCCGUGCUGGAUAGAAAUUCAUUUACACCGGGCUCUUCAGCUCUUGGACGAGGUUCUGCACACCAUGCCUGUAGCCGACCCACAACCUCUGGACUGAUGUUCGAACAUUUAUUACCUUUACAUUACAGUGCAUAUAGCUCAAAAUGACUCAAAUGACCUCUGACUUCAGCCAUGGCAUCUGGCAUAAGAUUGAAAACCAGCAAUACAUCAAACAACACUAACACUGUUAGAUCAAACAGAACUGUUCAGUCAAACGACUCUUUUUUAAACCUUAACGAGACCUUCACUUUUGAUGUUCAAACAAGAAAUGGAAAAUGGAGACGUUUAGAAAUGUGUAUUAUAUUGCAUUUAAUCCAGUGUCAUGACUUUGGAUCAGUCAGAUCUAUACAGUGGCCACGUACACUCUGAAUACAGAUGUCACUCCUCUUCAGAGGUGCAACACAAGAUGAACCAUGUGCAAAAAAAAUCUGAACUCAACAAUUUACACAAUGUAGUUUUAUGAACAAUUUAACUAAGAAAUUCGUUCAACUAGUCAUUCAUAGUUUGUAAAACCAUUUCUCUUUAAAUUUAAUUGAAAGGUUUUACACAAAAAUUCAGAAUGAUGUAAAUUGUUGCAUUAAAUUGAAUACAGUAAUUUAAGUAAGAAUGGUUUUAUGAACGAUUUUCACAAAAAUUGUUCUGCCUGUUUCUUUAAUGAGGCAGUUCUCAUAUUUACAGAAAUUUGGGAUUAUGUAAAUUGUUGCAUUCUAUGGAAGCUUGUUUCCGCCAUGAAAUUAAAAAAUAAGAAAGGUAAUUUCAACUUUUUAUCUCACAAUUCUGACUUUUUUCCUCAGAAUUGCUGGUUAUAAAGUCAGAAUUUUGUGAUAUAAAGUCAAAAUUGCGAGAUAUAAAGUCAAAAAUGUGUGACAAAGUCAGAAUUGUGAGUUAUAUAGUCAGAAUUGGUGAUAUAAAGUCGGAAUUGUGUGAUAUAAAGUCAGAAUUGCGUGAUAUAAAGUCGGAAUUGCGUGAUAUAAAGUCAGAAUUGGUGAUAUAAAGUCGGAAUUGCAUGAUAUAAAGUCAAAAAUGUGUGACAAAGUCAGAAUUGUGAUAUAAAGUCAGAAUUGUGAGUUAUAUAGUCAGAAUUGCAUGAUAUAAAGUCAGAAUUGUGUGAUAUAAAGUCGGAAUUGCGUGAUAUAAAGUUGGAAUUGCGAGUUAUAAAGUCAGAAUUGUGUGAUAUAAAGUCAGAAUUGGUGAUAUAAAGUCGGAAUUGCGUGAUAUGAAGUCAGAAUUGCGAGUUAUAAAGUCAGAAUUGUGUGAUAUAAAGUCAGAAUUGGUGAUAUAAAGUCGGAAUUGCGUGAUAUGAAGUCAGAAUUGCGAGUUAUAAAGUCAGAAUUGUGUGAUAUAAAGUCAGAAUUGAAAUAUAAACUCGCAAUUCUGAAAAAGUCGCAAUUACCUUUUUUAUUUUUUAAUUUAGUGGUGGAAACAAGCUUCCAUAGCGUUCAAUUUAAAGCAACAAGUUGUAUACGAAUUUACACAUUUACAUUUACUCACAUUCGUUCAGCUUGUUUCGUGAUUGAUCAAGCAUUCUUCUAUAACUUUAAGAAUUGCUUUACAAAACAUUUACACUAAAAAUUCAGAGUUAUGUAAAUUGUUGCUUUCUAUACUCUAAAAAUGGUUUUUACAAACCAUUCUAUAUGCAAUUCAUUAAAUAUAUACACAAUUAACAAUUUACAUAUACACUUCAAUGCAACAGUCUACAGGCUUUUAUGAACAGUUUCCACAAAAAUGUGUUCAGCUUGUGUUUGGCACUUCUAAAUCUCAGUGAGUAUGUGGCCAGAAUAUUGUCCUUUGUGUGUGUGUGUUUUAACUCCUAUCCAUUAUUUUUUUAUAACACUAAUGUUCACUCAUUUAUAUCAAGCACUUGGUUACUUUAUAUCACUUGUAAAGGUUGUUUUCCCUGGAACAGGCCUCCAUCUCAACAUUAUCGAUCAUUUCUCUGUCUCAGUAUGGCUGAUUCUUUCAGAGACCAGACAAUGAGUGCAUUCACAAUAAAAACAGGCUCAUCUUGCUUCUAGAUGUCUGUUUGACACUAUCAGAAGACAUGAAAUAUGAUUUCUUUGAGAUGGGGCCAAAUAUAUUUUGUCUUUGAUAUAAAACUCCAUUUAGCUCAGGUGGUUUAGAUCAGAUAUCUUGAAUAACUGAUUAUUUUAUUGUACAAACCACUUUUGUCUGGUCUUCUUUUAACUGUAUGUGCAUUUGUUUAUCUUUUUUCUUAAUGAUGCAUGUUUAUGUUGGCAUGGAGACGGAGCAACCUGUGAUAAUCAAACAGUUGGCAACAGCUUUGAAUCUGAAGGUGUGUUCAGAAAUUUUGCAGUAUGUAUAUUGUUCACAGUGCAUAUAUGAAUAAUGCAUAAUGCUCAAUUUGACCUUCUAUUUUCAGUACGACUAAGUAAUAUUGAAGUACUGAAAUAAUAUGAGCCAUGAUUUUCACAUUAAAUAUAUUAUUACAUAAAAUAAGAUUACAAAUGCAUUAAUUUUCAAGAUGAUAACUGGAUGCCAUUUGCUGAAUUAAACAUGCAACUUGGCUCAACUUGACAAAAAUAUAACAAAGUACAGUUUUAACCCUCUGGUGCUCCUCACGUUCAAAAAUGACUGAAAUUCUUGAAAUGAAUAUACUACAUUUUAUUUUGAUGUUUUUUAUUUAAUAUUUUGUAUUUUUAGGGGAUUUUAUGGUAUUUAAUUUAUCCAAUUUUAAACAUAGGCCUGAAAAUGAAAUUUCCAACUUAAACUGUCAUAAAUCUUAAAUGCACAGACAUAAGUUUGGUCUCUUUUUAAAGGCGACACUUGGCAGAUUAUUUCUGAAGUGAAGAAAGUUUUUAAAAAAGUGAAUGUAAAAAAAUGUAUUUAAGUUUAUUGUUAUGAAAAAUGCACAAAAUUUUUAUAUGAAAUAUAGGGGUGAAUUCAGGGACACAUUUUGCCAUUGAGAUGUGUCCCAAUAAACCUGAAUUCACCCUAUAUUUUCCAAAACAUGUUUUACUCUAAAACUCCAAGAAAAUCAAAGCCAUAAAUCUGAACAAGUUGUGUUCCAAAUUUGAGGUUGAUAUCUCAAAAAAUUAGUUUUUAGUAAGAUUUUGUUUGGCCGCAGUACCAAACGUUUCCACUAGAUGAAAUUCGUUUUUCAUUCAAUUCCAUUGCGGCCAUUUUUGACCGUGAGGAGUACAAGUGUGACUAUUUUUUCAGGACCAAUUAACUUUUUCAAAUCAUGUCCAUGAUUUUUUUUUUUUUUUCACAUAGCAAGUGCCAAAACCUUUACCAAGUUUCGUACCAUUCCGAUGGUUCUAAAAAAAAAAAAAAAGUAACCUUUUUUUUCCGUCAAAAACGACUGAAGAGCACUGGUUAAAUGUUUAGCAUUGAAAUAUUACAAACUGUUUCACAUAUUUAAAAAAAGAACAGUAUGUAGUAUAUAGUAUGUAUGCUAGUAUUCCAUUCUGAAUACAACUGUAUGUCAACCAGAGACAGUUGAAGUGUGUGUGUGUGUGUGAAUGAGUGACUUGUUGAGCAGGUUGUUCAGGCUGAUGGAGAAGUUUUCCACUGUUUCUUCACUUUUUAGAGUUUUUCUGUUAAUGUUCUUUUGACACGUACAUCAACAUAAUGACUUUAUCUGAUCAACAGAAGACUGAUAUCACCAUAUGACUGAAACAUGCUGUAGAUAUGAGAAUACAAUAAUUUUGAUUACUUUGUCAUUAAUGUAAUUUUAACAAUGAAAACGUUCUCUCUGAAACUAUUAAAUGUGAUGAUCUGGUUUGUA